CUUGAAAAUUUUCUGUUAGGAAAAUACAGACCGAAAAAUCAACUUUGUCGAAUCGGAAUCCGAAUCCCUAAACCAAUCGCCAAGAAAUAUUCAAGGGCUAAUUUUGGGGGUUUAACAAUUUCCCAAAAUUGGAGGGUGUCUGUCUUCCGGCGGUAAACCGCCGGCGCAGCGGCCGCCGGUGUUACAGGCGACUGUCCGAAGGCUUCCGCUACCGGAUACCACCGACGGAGUUGCGGAUAAUGCUAAGAUGAAGAGUCUGUUCAAGUCCAAGCCGAGGACUCCGGCUGAUUUGGUGCGGCAGACGCGCGAUCUACUCAUCUUCGCCGAUCUCGGAGCUCCUGACACUAAGGAAAGCAAGCGAGACGAGAAGAUGCUGGAAUUGAGCAAACUAAUGAGAGAGUUGAAACAAGUUCUUUAUGGGGACAGUGAAUCUGAGCCAGUAGCAGAAGCAUGUACCCAGUUGACUCAGGAGUUUUUCAGAGAGGACACUCUUCGCCUCCUAAUUACAUGUCUUCCAAAGUUGAAUUUAGAGACCCGCAAAGAUGCUACUCAGGUUGUUGCAAAUCUGCAGAGGCAACAGGUUCAGUCAAAGUUGAUUGCGUGUGAUUACUUGGAAAAGAACAUAGAUCUCAUGGAUGUCUUGAUAGCAGGUUAUGAGAACACUGAGCUGGCUUUACACUAUGGUGCAAUGUUGAGGGAAUGCAUACGCCAUCAAAUCGUUGCAAAGUAUGUUUUGGAAUCAGAGCAUAUGAAGAAUUUUUUUGACUUUAUUCAACUUCCAAAUUUUGACAUUGCCUCUGAUGCUGCUGCCACUUUCAAGGAGUUACUGACUAGGCACAAAUCAACAGUUGCCGAGUUCCUUUCUAAAAAUUAUGACUGGUUCUUUGCGGAGUACAACUCGAAGUUGCUAGAAUCUACUAACUACAUUACUAGGAGGCAGGCUGUCAAGCUCUUGGGUGAUAUCUUGCUGGAUCGGUCGAAUUCAGCUGCAAUGACGCGAUAUGUUAGUUCAAGGGAAAACUUGAGGAUCCUCAUGAAUCUUCUCAGGGAGUCGAGCAAGAGCAUACAGAUUGAAGCAUUCCAUGUUUUCAAGUUAUUUGCAGCUAAUCAGAACAAACCUCCGGACAUUGUUAGUAUUCUCGUUACCAACAAAAGCAAGCUACUACGCCUUUUUGCUGAUUUCAAGACAGAAAAAGAGGAUGUGCAAUUUGAGGCUGAUAAAGCGCAAGUUGUCAAAGAAAUUGCUGCACUUGAGCCUAAAGAGCGGGCAUGAUUUCACCUGUUGUUUAAGUGCAUCAGCUGCGACCUCUUGUUUAAGUGCAUCAGCUGCGAUGACUGCCUUGUACCAGUAAUUCUAGUUGUGAUAGUAUUUUUUUUUUCUUUUCCAUAUAGAAUUGUUAAUUAAAACGCAUCGGAUCUCAAUGUUGUAAAAUACUGAGAAAUUGAUCUACAAAGUGCUCCCUGUCAGAUUAUUUUUUAGUUGUUA